AUGGCGAGCCCUCACAAGCCGUGGAAGGCGGAGUACGCCAAGUCGUCUCGAUCCUCAUGCAAAACCUGUAAGAGCCCCAUUGACAAAGAGACGUUCAGGCUCGGCAAGAUGGUCCAAGCCACCCAAUUUGAUGGCGUAAUGCCGAUGUGGAAUCAUGCUGGGUGUAUCUUAAAAAAGGCGAAGCAGAUAAAAGCUGCUGAUGAUGUUGAAGGCUUAGAAUCACUCCGUUGGGAGGAUCAGGAGAAGAUUAGGAAAUAUGUGGAGGGUGGUGGAUGUGGAUCCUCAAAUGCCCCUACCCCUGCUGCUAUGGAAUAUGGUGUUGAAACCUCUCAAACUUCUCGUGCCACCUGUAAGCAUUGCAGUGAAAAGAUUAUGAAAGGAGAGGUCCGCAUAUCAUCAAAGGCUGAAGGUCAGGGAGCCAGGUCUUUGGCAUGGCACCAUGCUAAAUGUUUCAUGGAAAAGUCCCCAGUUACCCAAGUGGAUAAAUUGUUGGGAUGGGAUAGCCUUCCAGCCAGUGAUCAGGCAGUUGUUUGUUCCCUGGUUAAGAAUUCUACUGUAAAAGCAGUUGCCAAAGAGGAACCUUUACAAGAAUCAACAUCCACAGCUGGUGCCAAGAGGAAAAAAUCCAGCAACAAUGAUCAGAAAUCAAAGCUUGCUAAAACUGAACCUGAUAUUGUGACAAAAUCAUCUGAAUUGGAAAGCCAACUAAAGGCACAGAGUAAAGCUCUAUGGGCUCUUAAGGAUGAUUUGAAGAAGCAUGUGAGCACUGCAGAAUUGCGUGAGAUGCUUGAAUGCAAUGACUGUGUUUCCACAGGAUCAGAACUUGAUUUACGAGAUCGAUGUGCUGAUGGGAUGCUUUUUGGAGCACUCUCUGUAUGUCCACUUUGUUCUGGUCACCUUUGCUACUCAGAAGGCAAGUAUAAAUGCCAUGGCUAUUUAUCGGCAUGGAGCAAGUGUUCAUACUCCACAUUUGAGCCUAAACGUGUUGAUGGGAAGUGGAAAAUCCCUGAAGAGACAAGGAAUGAGUAUCUACUCAAGUGGUAUAAGUCACAAAAGGCAAAGAAACCAGCAAGAAUACUGCCUCCACCUUCAUCCAGCUCACCAUCUACCAGCAAAGCUGCUGACAAGCUUGGUCAGUCAUCAAAAGGUGAAAGUAUAGGAGAUCUAAAAUUAGCUAUUGCAGGAAUGGGUAAAGAAUCCAUGGCGGAAUGGAAAAGAAAAGUUGAAGAAGCAGGUGCUCAAGUUCAUGCCAAGAUAAAGAAAGACACAAACUGCUUAGUUGUGAGCGGGGUGCCAGAUGGCAAUGAUGCCGAGAUAAGGAAGGCAAGGAGGAUGAAACUACCAAUUGUUAGGGAGGAUUAUAUGGUUGAUUGCAUCGAAAAGAAGAAAAAACUUCCUUUUGAUUUGUAUAAAGUAGAAGCAAUUGGAGAGUCACAUAGUAUGGUUACUGUCAAAGUGAAAGGCAGAAGUGCAGUGCAUGAGUCAUCUGGCUUACAAGAUUCUGGACACAUCCUUGAGGAUGCAAAUAGUAUCUAUAAUACGACUUUAAAUAUGUCUGACCUCACAACUGGUAUCAAUAGUUACUAUAUUCUUCAAAUCAUUGAGGAAGACAAAGGAUCAGAUUGCUAUGUGUUCAGAAAGUGGGGUCGUGUUGGAAAUGAAAAAAUUGGAGGAAGCAAGCUUGAAAACAUGUCCAAGUUUGAUGCAAUACUGGACUUCAAGCGCUUAUUUCUUGAGAAGACUGGAAAUUCAUGGGAGGCAUGGGAAGGAAAAGUAGAUUUUCAGAAGCAACCUGGGAGGUUUUAUCCAUUAGACAUUGAUUAUGGUGUUGAUAAAAAUGCCUCGAAGAAGAAAAAUCUUGAUGACACAAACAGCAAACUGGCCCCUCAACUGAUUGAGCUUAUGAAGUUGCUUUUUAAUGUAGAGACAUACAGGGCUGCUAUGAUGGAGUUCGAGAUCAAUAUGUCUGAAAUGCCUCUAGGAAAGCUGAGCAAGAGUAAUAUACAGAAAGGUUUUCAGGCAUUAACAGAGCUACAAAAUUUGCUCAGAGAUGAUGAUUCUUCUGUGAAGGACAGUCUCAUUAUUGAUGUCAGCAACCGUUUUUUUACUGUGAUUCCUUCUAUUCAUCCACAUGUGAUUAAGGAUGAGGAUGACUUUAAAUCAAAGGUGAAAAUGCUGGAAGCUCUUCAGGAUAUUGAGAUUGCUUCAAGACUUGUAGGACUUGAUAAUGAUAAUGACUCCUUGGAUGAGAAGUAUGGAAAGCUGAAGUGUGACAUAUCUCCAAUUACUCGUGACUCUGAAGAUUUCCGGUUGGUUGAGAAGUAUCUCCAAGCUACUCAUGCUCCCACACAUAAGGAAUGGGCUCUUGAAGUGGAACAAGUGUUUUCUCUUGAACGUACAGGGGAACUUGACAAAUUUGCUCCCUUCAGAAAGAAAUUGAAGAAUAGAAUGCUUUUAUGGCACGGUUCACGGUUGACGAACUUUGUUGGUAUACUUAGCCAAGGACUAAGGAUUGCUCCUCCUGAAGCCCCAACUACUGGUUAUAUGUUUGGCAAAGGAGUUUACUUUGCUGACAUGGUCAGUAAGAGUGCUCAGUAUUGUUUUACAAACCGUAAAAAUCCUGUGGGAUUUAUGCUACUCAGUGAAGUUGCAUUGGGAGACAUGCACGAGCUAAAAAAGGCUCAGUACAUGGACAAGCCCCCGAAAGGGAAGCACUCUACUAAAGGUCUGGGUAAGACUGUACCUCAAGAAUCAGACUAUGUGAAGUGGCGGGAUGAAGUAGUUGUACCUUGUGGAAAACCAGUGCCAUCAAAAGUCAAGGCAUCGGAACUUUUAUAUAAUGAAUAUAUUGUUUACGACGUUGCCCAGGUCAAGCUGCAGUUCUUAGUGAAGGUGAGGUUUCAGUACAAGUGAUGAACCAGAAUUCUGCAUUAUUAACGUUUCUUGGAGCUGUAUAUAAUGGUGGAACCUAUGUUGGAUGUUCUGCUCCUUAGUACUCUACCUUUUGAUAUUGCCUGGCUGUUUGGCGCCGAAUCAGUCAGAUCUCAUUUUGAGACUUCCUGGAGAUCUGAUUUCUUCAAUGAAUGUGUAAAUGGCUUUUGUAUGAUAUGUGAAAUUCACCUGUGUUCAUUUCUUCAAAAUGAAAUUUCAUCUCUUUAGUACUUGCAUGCA